AUGUAUCCCAACUUCGAAAACAAACAAGAUCGUGCGUCAAAGCACAGUGCUCUGUUAGCACAAAUCGCGCGCGAUCAGCGUCUGGAGGAGAUGAAGCGUGAAGCAUAUCCAAACGCUCUAUGGGCGACUGACAGCGAGGACACUAAGCAGAGGGAUGCAACGGAAAAUGCUGAUCUAAUCAAGCGAAUCAUGACCGCGAUGGGUAGCAAGGCAUCAACGAAGACAACAGAUUAUGACGAUAGUCGCAGCAAGCCCCCUGCUGGCCUUUUUACAAACGUAAGUGAUAUUUAUCAGGCGAUAAGUGAUCCAACCGAAACUGCAUCCAAUCAAGCGAUGGGGAGCGAAGACUUUGAUGUUCCGAUGCAAGAAGCUGUACUAGAGGAGAAAAAGCCGGCGGACGAUUCUGAAAUGUAUCGUAAGAAAAUUGUAGAUAUCUUCAAAAGCCUCCCAGAGCUGAGCAGCCGCGAGUUCAUGCCAGUUAUCAUUCGCGAUGGCCAGCCGGUUAAGGAUGAACGCUAUCGCAUCAAUCACGGAGAUGGAAGAGUCAUGCUCAACGGAACGCAUAUGAAAUCAGAUUCGCGCGUACUCAAACAGGUCGAUUGGGAACUUACAUACACUGCAAUCAAAGACAAGCUACCAGCGCUUGCCAAGGGAUACAAAAGGUUUAGUGGGAUGGAUGAUGACCAGCAACGAGCACUACUCGACUAUCAGAUGGGAGGCAUAACUGAGGAGGAAAAGACUGAGUUCAUGGAUUGGGUUAGCCAGCGAAACAAACGCACGUUAGAAGACUCAGCCGUUUCGCUUGACACGAGAGCUCAUAAGAAGACAUCUGAUCACACUCAGAUGCAAAAGAAGGGAAGUGUUGAAUAUCUCUACAAAAAAAUAAAUGGGCUCGACUCGCUUAUGAUCAAGCCAUACAGCAAUGCUAAAGCUAGUCUUGGUAAUGUUAAGCAAUCUGGUCAAGUAUAUUUUGGCCCUGACGCUGCGUUGUAUAGCCUAAAGACUGAUAAGCCUUAUGGCGCAAAAGAUAUGACUAAAAUCUACAAGAGGAUUAACUGGGAAGCGACGCUAACCCUGGUGAUCGAUGAGAUUGGUAUGGGGGUUCGUGCGCUGAACCUAGCAGCUGGCGAGGACAAGGACGCUCAGAGACAAUCAAACACAUACAAGGAGAUCAAACACAUUCUCGAAGUUCUGAAGACGGUAGAUGCUCAACAGGGACAAGAGCAGGAGGAUCUGAGCAAAUUCCCUCCCAGUUCGUUCGAGACGCCGCAUCACUGUUCAGAAAGAGAAGGAGAAGGAUUUCGUUUAUGA